CCUUGUGAUUGAAGAAAGAAAAUGGGUUUUCAGUUUGGUUCGCUAGAAUCAGUAGUACUUUACAGUUAAACUAGAAGGUACCACUGAUUAAAGCAUUGAGAUAAAGAAAAGAGGGAAAAAGAGCUCCACAUUGAAGAAAGAAUCUCCAUUUGUUGGGAAACUGUGUUGGCUUCGAUCUGCGAUCAAUAUUUGUUUUUUUGUCUUUUUAUUAAUCAAUGGCUUCCCUUCGUUUCAUUUUUCUUCUUUUGGCUUUUACCUCUCGUCUCUUUUUCUGUUCGUCGGCAAGGAAGGAAUUGGGGGAUAAAGAAACCUACCAGGGAAAUGUUACAAAAUUAUUUCAUUCCGUAAAAGUAAACAAAAUUGAUCCAUCACGAGUUAUCGAACUCUCAUGGCAACCAAGGGUAUUUCUGUAUAGCGGUUUUCUAUCAGAUGAGGAGUGUGACCACCUUGUUUCUCUGGCUAACGGAGCAAAAGGAAAAAAAUUGGAAACUAGUCUUCACUCAGAUAAUGUUUUCAUGAACCGAACUCAAUUAACUACAAAGGAUGAUAUUGUUGCAAGGAUUGAGGAGAGAAUUUCGGCGUGGACAUUCCUUCCCAAAGAGAACAGUAAGCCUCUACAUGUUAUGCAUUAUGGGUUCGAAGAGAGCAAACAGAAGUUAGAUUAUUUUGGUAAUAAAUCCAUGCUAGGGUUAAGUGAUCGUUUGAUGGCAACAGUUAUAUUGUAUCUGUCAAAUGUCACCCGUGGUGGUGAGAUUCUGUUCCCCGAUUCAAUGGUGAAGAACAAGAUGUGGUCCGAUUGCACAAAAGUUAGCAAUGUCCAAAGACCUAUUAAAGGGAACGCAAUUUUGUUUUUCAGUUUGCGUCCCAAUGCAUCCCUGGACGAGAGUAGCUCCCAUGGCAGAUGCCCUGUUCUUGAAGGGGAAAUGUGGUGUGCAGCGAAAUUCUUCCAAGUAAGAAAUGCAAAUAAAGAAAAAUUUUUAGUGGAAUCAGAUGGUGAUGAAUGCACUGAUGAAGAUGAAGAUUGUCCUCACUGGGCUGCCACAGGGGAAUGCCAAAGGAAUCCUGUCUUCAUGAUCGGCACGCCUGAUUAUUAUGGGACCUGUAGGAAGAGUUGCAGUGCAUGCUGACUGGUAAUCUUUAAUGUGUACUAUCUUCUACUACCCAUUUGUAACAAAUGUGACAUGGGUUAGUGAUCGAUCGAUACCAACCUUUUGAGUUCAUAAGAAGAGAAUUAUUCUCGUAGGGGAUGAAGAUUUCCCGUAAUCCUUCUAGGGGGAGAUGGGGGAGCCAUCACCACUCAUUCCAUCCUAGGGCCCAAAUGACAUCAUACGAAUUUGAUGAAAAAACCUGGGAAAACUAAUCCCAAUCCAUUUACCAAUACAUUUACAAAUAAUCAUAUUUGAUGAUUUUGAUGAUGGUUGAAUAA